AUGGUGUCGUUAGAUGGUCUGCUGGGCCUCGUGUAUGUUAUGUCGUGGUCGAUUUCAAUGUACCCACCAAUAAUCACCAAUUGGCGCCAUAAAUCAGCGAGCGCGAUAUCGAUGGAUUUUGUCAUGUUGAACACGGCAGGCUACUCUUACUUGGUCAUAUCUACAUUUUUGCAACUAUACUACUGGCAAUUGAAGGAUGAAGAAUCCGACUUGGGCAGGCCCAAGCUGACACAAUUCGAUUUCUGGUAUUGCCUACAUGGGUGCGUAAUGAAUGUUGUCUUGUUGACUCAGGUGGUGGCCGGAGCAAGGAUCUGGCGAUUUCCAGUCAAGGGUUACCGCAAAAUGAAUACAUGGUACUUGAGGAUUUUACUUGCAUCACUUGCCAUUUUCGCGAUGCUAAGCAUGCAAUUUGUGUACGCCAACUGCCAGUACGGCUGGCACAAUUCAAGAACUUUGGCGUACUGUAAUAAUCUGUUUCUGCUUAAAAUUUCGAUGUCGUUAAUUAAGUAUAUCCCACAAGUGACACAUAACUGGACGAGAAAGUCUAUGGAUUGUUUCCCGAUCCAGGGUGUGUUUCUUGAUAUCACGGGUGGUAUUGCCUCACUGCUCCAGUUGAUUUGGCAGUUGUCUAACGACCAAGGUUUCAGUCUAAGCAUGUUCGUGACAAAUUUCGGUAAGCUGGGGCUCUCGAUGGUAACGUUGAUAUUCAACUUUAUUUUUGUCAUGCAAUGGCUUGCAUACCGUGUUCAAAGCCAUGACAUAGUAUCACAAUACCCACUGUAA